GUCGCCUUCAUAACCGCUUUCGGGUGUGGCCAGCCGGGGUUCCCCCAUGGCCACCUCCAGGGAGAGAACCGUCCUUCAAACAAAAAGGCCCAUGGAAAUGGCCAGUGUGCUUUGUAACAGAGCUAGACUGGUGACGUACCUGCCAGGAUUUUGUUCUUUGGUUAGAAGGGUUGUAACUCCCAAGGCUUUUUCCACAGCAGGAUCUUCGGGCUCAGAUGAGCCUUCUGUUGCUGCUGCACCUCCUGAUAUAUGUCCGAGAACCGUGUGGCCAGAUGAAGUAAUGGGGCCUUUUGGUCUGCAGGACCAGAGAUUCCAGCUGCCGGGUAACAUAGGUUUCGACAGUCAUCUCAGUGGCACGGCAUGUCAGAGGACAACGCCAGUCCCCAAAAGGUUGCCUGACAUUUUAGUGGAGCCUCUGGCGUACGAAAGGCGUGAGCGUCUGAUGGCUCAGUACUUCCCUGAGUGUCAGUGUACUGACAUUCCUCAUAAACUAGAAGUUAAUAAUGCGAAAGCAUACUUUGAAGCUGCCAAGGUUGAAUGUGCAAUACAAAGAUGCCCGGAACUAUUGCGCAAGGAUUUUGCGUCCAUGUUUCCAAGAGUGACUCCCAGUCGUCUUACCAUACUAACAGUAACUCAGAAAACGACAAAUGAUAUGACUUCCUGGAGUGAAGAAGCUGAAAGUGAGCGACAGACUCUCAUAAAAAAUUUUAUCAAUGGUGCCAAGGAAAUGUGCUAUGCUUUGUUUGAUGAAGCCUACUGGGCAGAUUUCAUUGACCCAACUUCAGGACGGGCGUUUUUUGCCUCUUAUAUGAACAAGACCCUUUUUGAAAUCGAUGAACGUUACCGCCAUUUAGGAUUUUCCAUCGAGGACCUCGGCUACUGCAGAGUUAUUCGUCACAAUCUCUGGGGGACACACGUGGUGGUAGGAAUCAUUUUCACCAACGCUGCGCCUGGCAGCUCUGUCAUUAAGAAACUGAGUGGGAAUUAAUUGCACGGCACUGUGCAGCUGUCUUACGCAAGCACUGGUCAAUAAACACUGU